AUGACCCGCCCCAGUGGAUCCGACACUUCAGGGAGAACAGUGGCAGCGGUGAACCAAGUAACGGCUAGUGAUUUCCCCUCAGACUUGGAGUUUGUACCGAUGUUAUGGGAUGACAGGCCAGAACACACCAACUCUUGGGUAAACAACGUUAACGAUGCACUCGGACGUGGCGCCAAAUGCCUUCUAUCCUUCAAUGAGCCAGAUAGUUGCGACCACCAAGCAUGUAUGCUAGACCUGCCAGUCGCAGCGCAACACUACAUUGACUACAUGAAUCCAUUUCACGGGCGAGCAUUUCUGGGUGCUCCAGCUAUCACUAGUGAUCCGAACAGUGGUAUUCCCUGGCUGAAAGGUUUUAUCGCUGCGUGCGCCGGACGCUGUAUUAUUGAUUUCUAUACUCAGCAGAUGUUCCACGACUUUCUGUUCCACAUUCAUGACAUUCUUGGAGAUGGGAAUACUCAAAAAAUUUGGAUAACCGAGCUUCAUGCCGAGGGCACCACGGACCAGCAGAUAGAUUUCCUCAACUCUGCGGUACCGCUGAUGGAUCGACUGGACUGGGUUGUCCGGUAUGCGUGGUGGUGGACCCAGCCUGGGUCCGACGGAGCGCUUACGGAUGGGAACGGCUUUCCGACACAACUGGGUCACGUAUACACAUACAAGGGAUUAUGA